UUCUACGACUAGAUUUACAUAUAGAUAUGACAGUGUUUUCAAAAUAUGUUGGCCGUUUAACGGAAAAAUAUGAGCAAUCUAGACUGCCAAAGCAAGCAUUCAGUUAUGCCCUAGUGGGUACUGCCUUAUUUGCAUUAACCAUUAAGGUAACUGUACCAUAUAUCCGAAAUGCCCCAUGCAUUAAACACAAAAGUGAAAAUGCGGGUGCACUUACACCGGCAGAGAUAUAUGGGAUGGACGAAGAAUUUAAGCUCGCCGAGGCAGAGAAACUGCUGGUCGAGAAGCAAUUGAAACAGAAAAAUAAGCAAUUACUUGAACCGGGCUUAAACAAGGAGUUUCUGAAGCAACUCGGCAUGCUGGUUAGGAUAAUGAUACCGCAAAAGUUAUGCUAUGAGACUGGGCUUCUAACUGUUCAUACAUUGUGUCUCAUCUCCCGGACAUUCCUUAGUAUAUAUGUGGCAGCAUUAGAAGGAGCAAUCGUAAAGUUUAUCGUCCGCAAAGAUGUCAAACAGUUUGCACUCGUUUUACUAAAAUGGUUUGGCAUUGCAAUACCUGCGACAUUCAUCAACUCAAUGAUACGAUUUCUGGAGAGUAAGCUAUCAUUAGCAUUUCGAACUCGAUUGGUGCGGCAUUCAUAUCGUUUGUACUUCAAGAAUCAGAACUACUAUCGAGUAUCGAAUCUAGACGGACGCAUCGAAAAUGCCGAUCACAGACUUACGGAGGAUAUUUCAGUAUUUGCGAGCUCUGUAGCACAUUUAUAUAGCAGUUUGACCAAACCUUGCUUCGAUCUGAUGUUGAUUGGCUUGGCUUUAAUGCGCUCCUCCAGAAAGAUGAAAGCUAAUAUCUUAUCAGGGCCUGCGCUAUCAGUCAGCGUUAUUGCACUUACCGCUCAUAUUUUGCGUGUUGUAUCCCCUAAGUUUGGCCAGCUGGUAUCAGAGGAAGCAAAUCGGUAUGGUUAUCUAAGGCAUAUUCAUUCACGCAUAAUUACAAAUGCAGAAGAAAUCGCAUUCUAUAGCGGACAUAAAGUGGAGCUACAGCAAUUAAGGCAAGCGUAUAAUCGGCUUGUUAAUCAAAUGAAUAAUAUAUUUAGUCAAAAACUUUGGUUUAUAAUGCUAGAGCAAUUCUUUAUGAAAUAUGUAUGGUCCGGCACAGGCAUGGUGAUGGUUUCUCUGCCAAUAUUAACAGGAGCAGCUGUAUCCACAACGACAUCGUCAUCCAAUAAUAAGACCAUCGAAAGAACUGAGUCGAGUGUUAGUGAGCGAACCCAAUACCUAACAACGUCCAGAAAUCUACUGAUUUCGGCAGCCGAUGCUAUAGAGCGUUUAAUGUCCUCUUACAAGGAAAUAGUAGCAUUGGCCGGCUAUACCUGUCGAGUAGCUGGGAUGCUAGACGUUUUCGAAGAGACCGCUCAAGGCAUUUACAGCAAAGCCUCGGUAAUUGAGAAUGAGGAAAUAAAUGGCAUCAUUGAGUUCCGUAACGGCAAACCCAUUGCAAAGGGACGUAUAAUAUAUAUCGAUGAUCCCAGCAACAUGUCCAUCAGCCUUCGAGCCGUUCCGGUCGUAACACCCAACUGUGAUAUUGUUGUUCCCAGUUUGACCCUUUGUAUUGAACCGGGUUUUCAUUUAUUGAUAACUGGUCCAAAUGGCUGCGGCAAGUCCAGCUUGUUUCGCAUAUUAAGUGGUCUGUGGCCUAUCUAUGCCGGCGAGCUGCACAUUCCCCGCCCUGUGGAAAAUAAGCCCUGCAUGUUCUAUAUACCCCAAAGACCAUAUAUGUCAAUUGGCAGCCUUUGUGAUCAAAUCAUAUAUCCAGAUACUCGUGAAGAUAUGAAACGAAAGGGUAUUACUGAAAAUGAAUUGAUGAGCAUUUUAAAAUUGGUCUGCCUAGAGCAUAUUGCACAACGGUAAGUACUUAUAUGGGCAUAAAAC